UAUUAUAGGUAUUUAAUAAAUACCGUGUAUCCUACGUGGUAUUUGAUGUCUUACUGUACAAGUACAUGAAAACUUUUUAGAUAAAACGCUAAAACUGAGAAUGUAGCUAAGUUCCAGUCAUGAUAUUAAUACAAAUUUAUAGAAAAUAUUAAAAUGUCCAAUAAUACGAUAAGGAUAACAGUGGUUGGUGAUGGUGAUACUGGAAAAACCUGCAUGCUUAUCGUCUACAAAGACAAGAAAUUUGAUGAUCGAUAUGUACCUACAGUAUUUGAUGUAUACUCGAUGACAAUACCCAUUAAUGACCUGGAAUACAAAGUCAUAUUGUCAGAUACUGCGGGGCAAGAAGAAUUUGAUAAAUUAAGGCGAAUGGCAUACAAGGAUGUAGACGCUUUCAUCCUGACAUAUGCGGUGAAUGAAAGAGAUUCUUUUGAAAACGUAUUUACGAAAUGGGCGCCAGAAUUAAGAAGAUUUGCACCAAAAGCAAAAAUUAUUUUAGCAGGUACUAAAUGUGAUCUUAGAUCUCAUUCUCCCCGUCACGUGAAAACCGAAGAUGGCGAGAGGUUAGCGAGGGAUAUAGAAGCACACGGCUUCAUAGAGAAUUCAUCGAAGCAACAACGAAAUAUUGAUGCAACAUUUCAAAUGGCAAUACUGUCAGCUAUUUCUAAUACAAGAUUUAUCAAGAAGAAACGAAAGAAUGACUGCUGGCUUUUAUAAACCUAGUUAGAUUGUAAAAAUUAGGACUAAGUUUCAGUAUAAAUGAAAACUAAAAAUAUACUGUAUUUAUUAAUUUAUAGCAA